CAUGCCAUUAAAACUUCCCACGUGUAAUUCACAAUAAACAAUUGAUUUAACUGUGUGAGGUCUAAUGAGCACAAACACAGUAGUUGGUGUGAAUGUGAUUGCUAACUUAUAUUGGCUGGGAAGUUUUAUGGUUCAGUAGUGGGUGUAUACAAGGAAGUGAAAUUAUGUUGAUGUAUGUAGGCCUUUUACAAGUUAAGACUGGACUUUGGUUUUACUUUUAUUUCCUAUAAAAGAAGGUGAAGCUGGCACAGCCGCAGACGCUUACAACAAAGACGACGUAUUAACUCUUCUGUACAGUUUGGAGUAGCCGUUGCUUCUUAACGGGAAAAAGACUACUGGAUCAGGACUUUUGGACUUUUUCUGUCUUGUCCGUCCGUAUUCUCUCACUCUUUUGGAGUUAAGUGAACUUCUGAUGGGGGAAAAGCUCCCAAGGGUGCCAGGAGGAGCCCGGCUCCACAGUGACACUUUGAGUAGACCAGUGCGGACCCUCAGGGUUAAGAUGGUACUUCUGGGAAGCUCUGGUGUGGGAAAGUCCAGUCUGGCACUACGAUUUAGCAAGGAUGAGUUCAAGUGUACAUCACCUACUGUAGGCUGUGCCUACCUGACCCGGGUGGUGCAUCUCAGUGAAGUCACUCUUCGCUUUGAGAUAUGGGACACGGCAGGGCAGGAAAAAUAUCACAGUGUCACCCCACUUUACUACAGAGGAGCCCACGCUGCACUCUUGGUCUAUGAUAUCAGCAAAAAGGAAACAUUUAUCAGAGCUCAAGUGUGGCUCAAAGAGCUUGAGAAACAGUACAUCCCAGAAUCUACUGUCAUAUGGCUGGUAGGCAACAAGGGAGAUCUGGCACAGGAUCGACAAGUCUCAGUGCAGGAGGGACAGAGUCUGGCCAAUGACAGGGGCUUAUUCUUUACAGAGACAUCAGCCCUGUCAGGGGAUCAAAUCAGCCAGCUGCUGGUAGCUGUAGCCCACAGAGUGUAUAAGUGUAUUGGAGCGCAGCAGGGAGGACUGUCAGAGUGGCGGGAGACACCAGUUGUGGAUCUGCAUCACAGAGACACACUCAGUCCUUUUGCAUCCUGCUGCAAAGUUGGGCCCUAACAUCAGUGACUGUCAGUUGUGUUGCUACCUGUCUUUGUCUCUCUGUCUGUCUUCAUCAUUUUAAAGCUGCACUAGGUAACACAUGAGAUCAAAAAAUCUCAAAUCAAAUAAAAGGCUUGUAGAUUCUCAA